ACUGUCAAGGGGGAAGCAGCCAAAUUAGUGCCCAUGGCUGGCUCAGCAGCAGCAGCGGGAGGCGGCGGCAGGCGUGGGGCCCCUUCAGUGCCCGAUAUCUACAGCUCCAUGGAGUAUGGGCCUGUCCCAGAGGGGACUGGGGCAGCCCAGAGCGCGGAUCGCCCCAAAGUGCCCCGCACCCGGGCAGCCACUUGGAGCCACCGGGAGACGCUGGAUUUCCUCGCCCUGUGGGGGGAGGAAGGGAUCCAGGCGCAGCUGAACCGCUGCCACCGGAAUGCCGACGUCUACCAGUGGAUCUCGGAGCGGAUGGCGGAGAAAGGCUAUUUCCGCGACGAGGACCAGUGCCGGACCAAAGGCAAAGACCUGAAGAAGAGUUACAAGCAAGCCAAGCUGCAGGACGGCAUCGCCCGGCAGAGGUGCCGCUUCUUCCACGAACUCGACGCCAUCCUGGGCAGCGGCGGGAGCAGCAGCAACGGAGGGGGCGGAGGCGCGGCGCCUUGGUGCCAGGUGGUGAUCAAAGAGGAAAGCGACCCCGAGCUCGACCCCGAGCUCCACGAGGACGAGUACGCGUGGACCCAGGUGUCCGUGACCGACGGCAGCGACGUGGAUCCGCAGGGCGAGCCUUCCUCCUCUGCAGUAGCGGCCGUCGCCUCGUCGUCGUCCUCCUCCCAAGCAGGGGUCGGGGGUUUGCUCCACUCCGAGGACCCGACCCUCCACCACCAGCACCACGUGGCAGGCGGGAUCGUCAAAGAGGAGAAAAGUCCCGGGAGAGAAGAGAGCGGCCUCCGGGGCGGAGGGGGAGCCUACCUCUACGGCCAGGAGGACGCCCACGUGGAGACCCCCGUCGGGGCGGACGAGCCUCUCCUUCGCCGGGAGAGCCGGGCGCACUUGGAGGCUCCUUGGAGACCAGGGCUGAACCGGAGAGUUUUCUCCAGGCCACGGACCCUGCUGAGCACCCGGGAGAAGCUGGCUCAGCUCCGCAACAGGAGGAAGAGGCCCCGGGAUGACAAGUUCGACGAUCUCGUGCGGGACAUCCGGGCGCACUUCCGGGAGAGGGAGAAGCUGUUCCAGGGCUUGUGGGAGGAGGAGAAAGCCCAGCGGGAGAAGGACCGGAGGCUGUGGACAGCCGAGAUGGACUGGAUCAGGCAGAUGUGGGCCAAGAGCCAGAAGGAGCGAGAGUCGGCGGGAGGCGGCAGGGAGGCGGACGGGCCUCGGCAUGUCAAGGAGGAGAGCUGGAGCAGGGACCUCUGCAAGGACCCUGAAGGAGGACCUUGGAAGGAAACCAGCGUUCAAGAGCCCCUCCUCUUAAAGACCUGGCUGGAGUCCCAUGGCCGUAGUUUCGGGCAUUUCAUAGGCGGAGAAUGGCUGAAGCCGGACGGAAGGGAGACUUGCACCACCAAGAAUCCUACCACAGGGGAGCCACUGGCCACCACCCUUCAGGGCAGCACAGAAGACGUGGACACAGCGGUUGAUGCUGCCACCAAAGCGUUUGAAACUUGGAGCCAACUCCCUGGCCACGUCCGGGCCCGGCACCUGUACAACGUGGCCAGGACCGUCCAGAAACACCAGCGGCUCCUCGGUCUCCUCGAGAGCCUAGACAGCGGGAAGCUGGUCCGGGAAGCCCGAGAUGCAGACCUGCCUUUGGUCGUCCGCCAUUUUUACCAUCACGCCGGCUGGGCCCAGCUGAUGGAGGUAGAGAUGAAGGGCUGGAAGCCUCUUGGUGUCGUGGCAGCUCUCAUUCCCAGGAGUUUCCCGCUGCUGAAUCUGACUCGGAAGGUGUGUCCGACGCUGGCCAUGGGAAACACCAUAAUCCUGAAACCAGCCAGCUCUACCCGGCUGACGGCUCUGCUCCUGGCUGAGGUUUGCGCCCAGGCUGGGCUACCUCCGGGGGUCCUCAAUGUCAUCACAGGCGAUCAGGGGCUGGGAGAGGCUUUGGCCACCCACCCAGCCAUUGACAAAGUGGCCUUUGCUGGCUCUGCCGAGGUGGGCCGCAGCCUGCGCCGGGCCACUGCUGGGACUGGCAAGAAGCUGUCUCUGCAGCUCGGAGGGAAGUCGCCCUUCAUCGUCUUUGACUCGGCUGACCUGGACAGCGCCGUCGACGGGCUGGUAGAUGCCGUCUGGCAGAAUUGGGUGCAGGCCCGGAGUGCCGGGUCUCAGCUGCUCCUGCAGGAAUCCAUCGCCAAAGACUUCGUUCAACGCCUGAAGCGCCGAAUGGGGCAGCUCCGCGUGGGGGACUCUCUGGAUAAGGCCGUGGACUUGGGAGCCUUGGUCAGCGAGAAGCAGCGGCACGCCAUCGAGGGCCUGGUGGAGGAAGCUCGAGCGGAAGGUGCUGAGGUUUUCCAGCCAUGGACGUCCCUCCCGCCAAGUGGGCUGUUCUACCCUCCGACCUUAAUCACUGGCGUGUAUCCUACCUCCCGUUGCGUCAGGGAAGAGAUCUUUGGCCCCGUUCUGGUAUCGUUGACUUUCCGGACAGCCAAGGAGGCGUUGGCAUUGGGGAACAGCACCCCCUAUGGGUUGGCUGCCAGUGUGUGGACGGAGACCCUUCCCCUGGCUCUGGAAGUCGCUCACAGUUUGCAGGUGGGGACUGUCUGGAUCAACGGCCACAACAUGCUGGAUGCUGCAUCUGCCUUCGGGGGAUACAAGGAAAGCGGUUAUGGCCGAGACGGAGGCAAAGAGGGCCUUUUUGAGUACGUGAGACCAAACUGGGAGGCCCGCCAGCACCCCGGCGCUGUGGGUCUCGACUUCAAGACCUUUGCUACCUCACAAGGGGCUGCAAUCCCCUCGGUCGCUGCAGACGGUAGAGUCCCACGUCCCUCAGCGUCUGACCUGGAAGGAAACAUUCCAAAUGUGGACCGAACCUACAAGCUGUACUACGGGGGUGCGCAGAAGAGGCCAGACUCCAUGAGUUCCCGAGCCAUCCUUGACCACGCUGGCAAGAUAGCAGCUUACGUGGCAGACGGGGGCGUCAAAGACAUCCGUAACGCUGUGGAAGCCGCUCACAAGGCUGCUCCGGGGUGGGUGAAGCAGACGCCUCAUGCCCGGGCGCAGAUCUUGUACUACCUGGCUGAGAACCUGGAACUCCGCCGAGCAGAGGUUGCAUCGCGGCUGGAGGCGUUGGCCGGUGCCGAGAAAGAGGCGGCUCUGCAGGAGGUGGACCUCUGCGUGCAGCGGCUCUUCUACUGGGCGGCGUACUCUGAUAAAUACGGCGGAGCUGUGCAGGAAACCUCUUUGUACGGCGCCUCCCUCCUCUUUCGGGAACCUCUCGGUGUCAUCGGCAUCGCCUGCCCCGAUGAACAGCCUCUCCUCGCUUUCGUCAGCUUGCUGGCUCCUGCUGUCGUCCGCGGCAACUGUGUGGUGAUGGUCCCCAGCGAGCGGUUCCCAUUACUCGCCCUGGAUUUCUACCAGGUACUAGACACUUCGGACGUCCCUGGUGGAGUGGUGAACAUCAUCUCUGGCAACCGGGACCAUUUGAGCCGGGCCUUAGCCGAACACCAAGAUGUGCAAGCUGUGUGGUACUUUGGCUCUAAGGAGGGUUCUGCACUUGUUGAAUGGGCCUCGGCUGGGAACCUGAAGAGGACCUGGGUGACUUAUGGAGCGGAGGAGCGUUGCUGGGCUGACCCACAAGAGGGGGCUGGGGAAGAGUUUCUCUACCAGGCCACGCAGUGUAAAAGCGUUUGGAUGCCGAUGGGCGAUAUAUUUGCCAACUGAGCCUCUGGAUCAGUGGGGCUGAACUGAAAAGCAAUCAGGGUUGGGAAACAUUGAGAUUGAGAAUAAAGAUUGUUUGGUAGUUUUUUAUAUAUAAGAAAA